AUGAUGUCCUUCGGAGGCCAGAUGUUCGAUGCGCACAUGGAGCCGCCCAAGGUGCCGCCAAGAAAGGAAAAGCGCCCCAAAGUCAAACAAGACGCGAAAGGGAAGCCGCACACCGAGUCUACUCGUCAACUUCUCUCCCCCGCUCAUCACAGCGACCGCUUCGGCGGUCUCGAUACCGGGGUACGAGCUGAUCCCGAGGGACGAAGCGCGCAAGACAAGCUACAGCGCGAGCGCCUCCGCAUCCUCGCAGGCGCGAGCGCGGGUUCCGGGCCGAGCCAGCCGAGCACGACUCGUGCUGCUUCGCCUGCGCCGUACCAUUCGACGUCUCCCAGUCCAACGUCCCCGGCUUUGCCACUUCACAGCCCGAGUCACCAUAAGUACAGCAGGGUGCAGAGGAGGCUGGUGGGAGAAAACGAGUGUCCUUCUUUCGCAGGCUGA